AUGAAGUUCUCAAUACUUGCGCCCGGCCUUCUGGCAUGCCUCGCGCCCAUUGUAUCUGCGACGGCCCUCACAUAUAAACUCGGUGCAAACGAGAGAGCGUGCUUCUUUUCUAAUGUUGAGACUAAGGGCUCGAAGAUUGCCUUCUACUUCGCUGUCCAGACAGGAGGCUCCUUCGAUGUCGACUACGAGGUCCUAGGGCCAAUGCAUAAUGUCAUCUUGGACGGGCAGAAAGAGAGGCAAGGCGAUUUUGUGUUCACGGCGACGGAGGUUGGCGAAUACAGCUUCUGCUUCAAUAACAAGAUGAGCACAUAUACGGAAAAGUUUGUGGACUUUGAGAUUGCUGUGGAGAACGAGGCAGCGCGCGCAUCUCUACCGGCCAAGCAAGGCACAUCUCCCGAGCAAACGUCGGUACUGGAGGAGUCUAUCUUCAAGCUUUCCGGCCAACUCUCGACCAUUACCAGAAACCAGAAGUACUUCCGCACCAGAGAGAACCGCAACUUCAGCACAGUCCGCAGCACCGAGAGGAGAAUCUUCAACUUUAGCGUUAUGGAGAGCAUGAUGAUGGUGUGCAUGGCUGGCCUGCAGGUCUUUAUUGUCCGCUUCUUCUUCCAGGGCGCGAGAAAGGGGUACGUGUGA